GGCUUGGAGCCCGUUGCAUCCCUGAGGCGCAGUGCUGCGGCGCAGGGGUGCUGAGCCCCCCAGAGAGCCGGGGGUGACCGCGGGGGGCCCUGGCCCUGCCCUAUUCUUGUGGGGCGCGAUGGCACCGAGGAGAGGGGAUGCAUGCCGCACGCAGGGGGUAGCGGGGACAUGCGCGGCCACCCAGGCUGCUCUCUGCAAGGCCACGGCUGGGCACCGGCAGCUGGUGCUGCAGCUGGGGGGCAGUGCCGAUGGCCCCCAGCUGCGGGAGGAACGGCGCAGGAGGAGUGCGGAGGCGCGGGAGCUCAGCACUGGGCUGCGGCAGGCGCUGCUGGCAGGGCUGCGGCAGGCACCAGCGAGCCCCGAGGAGCGGCGGGAGCUGGAGCGGUUGUGGGUGCUCUUCCUCUCCGCCCUGGAGCUCUUCCUGCAGGAUCUGCGCCGAGCCCACCACCUCUGCCAGCUCUUCUCCGUGCAGGGGGGUGGCACGGCCCCGCUGCGCACCGGACUGGGGCUCCGGGGGCCACCCGGCCGCAAGGGGAGCCGGCGGGGGGGGGGUCCUGCACAGCCCCCGGCCACCCCGUGCCUGGAGGAGGAGAUCGAGCAGGUGAGGGCCACGCUGGCGGAGAUGGAGACCAGAGCCAACAUCCCCUUGUGGACGGUGGAGCCCACGCAGCCGGUGGGGACAGGCAGCACCGCAGCCCCAGCAGCUGGAGCCGCUUGGGGGGGAUCUUAUGCUGGGCACUGCUGCAGGGUCCUCUGACAGAGGGGCAGGAGAGGUGGCAGGGCUGUCACCCCCCACGCCCACCCCCCCCAUCCACGAUGCCUGCAUCAUGGAGCUGGGGACAGAGCCCUGUGUACCCCUGCUCCCCCGGCCCCCUGCCUGGGCAGGUGAUGCUUAGGGGCUGCCCCCACCCAGUGGAGGGACCAGGAUGAGCUCUUGGCACCCCACGUGUUAAUAAAGCCCCUGUUACCCCAUGGGG